CGACGCUUCUUGGACGGCUGCCUACGAUAUCCGCUUUCUAUAUUCCUGAGACACCCUUCGUCACCGUGUCUUGUCGUCUCUCAAGUCGACUACGCAACACAUAGCCUCUAUCCCGCGACCAAAGAACAACCUCCACAUCUCGCCACACCACCAUGCCGACACCCCUCGACCGCGCCACGAGCUCACGUACUCCCUUCUUCGCCUUUGCAGCCAUCGUCACCGGCGUUGCAGCGUGGAGUAUUUGGGGCCAGGAUCUUUUUCCGAGUCAAGAUCCCCAGGGUGAUCCCGAAACCUGGACCCACGAUGAAUGCGUCACCUGGCUGAAGAAACGCAAUCUACACCCAUCGCCGCUAGCCACGACUGCAGAGCUCUUAGAGCGUGUUAAGGCUAACAUGAGGACUCCGCGAAACUGAUUGGGC